AUGUUCUCAUAUUCAGAUUUCUGUUCAAUUGGUACGGCCAUGAUAUUGUCGGCCACCACGUUCCUAAUGGGUGUUUUCUUCAGCAACAUGCCAUACGAUUAUCAUCUUUUAUUCAAUCCUAACGCCACUCAAGAGCAUUUCGAUUUGGCUUUGAGACACUAUCAAAUCUUACAUGAGACUCCAUUCCCGGUGAUUGUUACUUUAUGCGUUGUUGCCGGAAUUGGUUUGAUUGGUGGUACAAUCAAAGUUUUCAAGCCAAACCCUGAACUGCAGAUGUUCGAAUAUUGUUCAUUGGGGUUGUACGUUUUGGCUAUUUGUGUGUUUCUCACUAAUGUAAAAACUGGUAUUGACUGUUCCGUCAGCCAUAAGUGGGGGGAAGUUACCGAAAAUCAAGGUUUGGCAGUUAUUGCUUCCUCUAACAUAAUCUUAUUGGUUAUGUUUUCUGGUGUUAUAAUCCUACAAAUUGGUCUAUGGUACAGUAACUGGGAUUUGCAAAAACGGUUGAAGAAAUUUUAUGCUGAAGAAGAAAGGGAAGCCGCCAACGCUGGUAAAAAGGCUGAGAAAGCUGAAAGUGUGAAAAAGAAUGAAAACAAAUCUAAAGGUGCUCAGAAAAGGAAAAACGCUAAAAAAUAG